CGCCUCGGCGCCCGCCCCGUUUUCCCCGCCCCGUCGCCUCCCUCGAUGCCGGCCCCGGAGCUGCAGCAGCGGCGGCCGGAGGGAGGAGGCGGCGCCGUGCUUACCAUCACAGCAGCCGGGGCCGCAUCCAGCAGCGAGGCCGCGCCGGGCCUCCGCAUCCAGCCGCGCUCCCCGGGAAACUGGUGAGAUCAAGAAUUUGGAGCCUGUGGCUGCCAGCUCCUGGCCGCUGUUGGCCCCGGGGUAUCUCCCAGGGUGACCUUCUGCCAUGUUUCACCUGAUCAAAAAGGACAGAGAUGGCUCCAGGAAGGAGAAGAAGGAGAAGAAGGAGAAGAAGGAGAAGAAGGAGAGGAUGUCAGCUGCCGAGCUGAAGAGCCUGGAGGAGAUGAGUUUGCGCCGGGGCUUUUUCAACCUCAACCGGUCCUCCAAGAGGGACGCCAAGAACCGGCUGGAGAUCUCCAACCCCAUCCCCAUCAAGGUGGCCAGUGGCUCUGACCUCCACCUGACUGACAUUGACUCGGACAGCAACCGGGGGAGUGUGAUCCUGGAUUCUGGCCACCUCAGCACGGCCAGCUCCAGCGAUGACCUCAAGGUGGACGAUGGCAACUUCAAGGGGUCGGUGCUGCAGCGGGCUGCCAAGUUUGGCUCACUGGCCAAGCAGAACUCUCAGAUGAUAGUCAAGAGGUUCUCCUUCUCGCAGAAGAGUCGUGACGAAAGCACCUCGGAGACCUCCACACCCUCCGAGCACUCGGCCGCCCCUUCCCCACAGGUGGAAACGCGGACGCUGGAGGUGCAGCUUGCCAAAGAAGGCGGGCUGCCGGCGGGACCUCUCCGCACCCCUUCUGCCUCCCGGACCAGGCUGCCUGAGGUAGUCAGCAAGAGGUUCCCCGCUGAGCUGAAGCUCCCCCUGGUGGUGCCCCCUCAGCCUCCUGUGCCCAGGCAGCUGGAGCUGCAGCGACGCAACACGGGCGACUUUGGCUUCUCGCUGCGCCGCACCACUAUGUUGGACAGGGCUGCUGACGGGCAAGUGUACAGGCGGGUGGUGCACUUUGCUGAACCAGGUGCCGGGACCAAAGAUCUGGCCCUCGGCUUGGUGCCGGGUGACCGGCUGGUGGAGAUAAAUGGGCGCAACGUGGAAAAUAAGUCCCGGGAUGAGAUUGUGGAAAUGAUCCGGCAGUCGGGGGAGACUGUCCGCCUGAAAGUGCAGCCCAUCUUGGAACUGAGUGAGCUGAGCCGCUGCUGGCUGAGGAGUGGGGAGGAAGGGCUGCACCAAGCAGCCUUUGAUCCGGAGCCCGCGACCUCCACCUCUGCACUAGCCCAGGCCAAGACGGAGGAGCAAAUUGCAGCCGAAGAGGCCUGGUAUGAGACGGAUAAAGUGUGGCUGGUCCACAAGGAUGGCUUCUCCCUAGCAAGCCAGCUGAAGACAGAUGCUGCCAGCCUCCUACCUGAGGGGAAGGUCAAGGUGAAACUGGACUAUGACGGGGCCGUGCUCGAGGUGGACGAAGACGAUGUGGAAAAGGCCAACCCUCCAUCAUGCGGCCGUGUGGAGGACUUGGCCAGCCUCGUCUAUCUCAACGAGUCCAGCGUCCUGCACACGCUGCGCCAGCGCUAUGGCGGGAACCUCAUCCACACCUACGCGGGGCCCAACACGGUGGUCAUCAACCCUCUCAGCUCUCCAUCCAUGUACUCCGAGAAGGUUAUGCACAUGUUCAAGGGGUGCCGCAAGGAGGACACGUCCCCCCACAUCUAUGCCGUGGCCCAGGCCGCCUACCGCAACAUGCUGAUGAGCCGCCAGGACCAGUCCAUCGUCCUGUUGGGAAGCAGCGGGAGCGGAAAGACCACCAACUGCCAGCAUGUGGCCCAGUACUUAGCCACCGUGGCCGGCAGCUCCGGGAAGGUCUUCUCAGUGGAGAAGUGGCAGGCGCUGCACACCAUCCUGGAGGCCUUUGGCAACAGCAGCACGAGCUUGAAUGCCAACGCUACCCGCUUCUCACAGAUAAUCUCGCUGGACUUCGACCAGGCUGGGCAGGUGGCGUCUGCCUCUGUGCAGACGAUGCUGCUGGAGAAACUCAGGGUUGUGAAGCGCCCUGCAAACGAGGCCACCUUCAAUGUUUUCUACUACUUGCUGGCCUGUCCGGACAACGCCCUCCGGACAGAGCUUCAUUUCAACCACUUGGCGGAGAAAAAUGUCUUCGGGGUUGUGCCUCUCUCAAAGCCGGAGGAGAAACAGAAGGCAGCCCAGCAGUUCAGCAAGCUCCAGGCAGCCAUGAAAGUGAUGGGCAUCUCCAGUGAUGAGCAGAAGGCCUUCUGGCUCGUCCUGGGGGCUGUUUAUCACCUGGGGGCAGCAGGGGCGACCAAAGACGGCGACGAAGCUGGGAGGAAGCAGUUUGCUCGCCAUGAGUGGGCCCAGAAAGCAGCCUACCUGCUGGGCUGUACGCUGGAAGAGCUCUCCUCAUCCAUCUUCAAGCAUCAGCCCAAAGGGACCCUGCAGAGAUCCACCUCCUUCCGCCAGGCGCCAGAAGAAGCUGCGCUGGCGGAUGGCUCAGGCUCAAAGACGUCUGCCUUGGAGUGCUUGGAGGCUCUUGCCUCUGGCUUGUACUCAGAACUCUUCACGCUGCUCAUCUCCCUCCUGAACAGGGCUCUCAAAUCCAGCCAGCGAUCCCUGUGUUCCAUGAUGAUUGUGGACACUCCUGGCUUCCAGAACCCCGAGAUGGCCGGCCAGAGUCGCGGGGCCACUUUCGAAGAGCUGUGCCACAACUACGCCCAGGAGCGGCUGCAGACACUCUUCCACGAGCGCACCUUCGUGCAGGAGCUGGAGAGAUACAAGGAGGAAAACAUAGACCUUUCCUUAGAUGCCUUAGAGCCCAGUGCAUCUGGCUCUAUAGCCACAGUAGAGCAAGCAUCCCACCAAGCACUGGUCCGCUCUCUUGGCCGGGCCGACGAGGCCCGUGGCCUGCUGUGGCUGCUGGAGGAGGAGUCGCUUCAGCCCGGAGGCAACGAGGAGACUUUGCUGGAACGGCUAUUCACCUACUACGGCCCACAGGAUGGAGACAAAAAAGGCCACAACCCGCUGCUCCGGAGCAGUAAGCGACGGCACUUCUUCCUGGGACACAGCUACGGCACCAACUGGGUAGAGUACGACACCACAGGCUGGCUGAGCUAUGUCAGGCAGAAUCCCGCCUCCCAAAACACCUUGGCUCUGCUGCAGGAGUCUCAGAAGAAAAUAAUCAGCAGCCUCUUUGCGGGCCGAGCUGGGACCACUUUGGUGUUGUCCGGGUCCAUUGCCGGUCUGGAAGGGGGCUCCCAGCUGGCCUUGCGCAGGGCCACCAGCAUGCGGAAGACCUUCACCACGGGGGUGGCGGCUGUGAAGAAGAAGUCGCUGUGUAUCCAAAUAAAGUUGCAAGUGGACGCGCUGAUCGACACCCUCAAGAAGUCCAAGCUCCACUUCGUGCACUGCUUCCUGCCCAAAGCUGAUGGCUGGAGUGGGGACCCCCGGGGGCCGUGUGCGCGACGGGUGAGCACCACCGAGCUGGAUCUCCAUGGGGAGCACUGCGACGCUGGCCUCAUGCAGCUGGAUGUACCCUUGCUGACGGCUCAGAUCCGGGGCUCCCGCCUCCUUGAUGCCCUCCGGAUGUAUCGCCAAGGUUACCCUGACCACAUGGUCUUUGCAGAGUUCCGGCGGCGCUUCGACGUCCUUGCCCCUCACCUGACCAAGAAGCAUGGGCGCAAUUACAUCGUCAUGGAUGAGAAGCGGGCUGUGGAGGAGCUCCUGGAAUCGCUGGAGCUGGAGAAGAGCAGCUUCCACAUGGGCCUCAGCCGGGUGUUUUUCCGGGCAGGGACACUGCCCAAGUUGGAAGAGCAACGGGAUACACAGACGAGCAGGAACAUUGCGCUUUUCCAGGCAGCCUGUCGCGGUUUCCUUGCACGCCAGCAGUUCAAGAAGAGAAAGAUUCAGGACCUGGCUCUCCGCUGCGUGCAGAAGAACAUCAAGAAGAACAAAGGAGUGAAGAACUGGCCCUGGUGGAAGCUCUUCACCACCGUCCGGCCACUCAUCGAAGUCCAGCUCACAGAGGACCAGAUCCGAGGCAAAGAUGAGGAGAUCCAGCAGCUGAAAAGUCGGCUUGAGAAGGUGGAGAAGGAGCGCAACGAGCUGCGGCUGACCAACGACCGCUUGGAGAGCAAGAUCUCGGAGCUGACCUCGGAGCUGACCGACGAGAGGAACACCGGAGAGUCGGCCUCCCAGCUCCUGGACAGUGAGACCGCAGAGCGCCUGCGAGCAGAGAGGGACAUGAAGGACCUGCAGGCUAAGUAUGAUGCGCUCAAGAAGCAGAUGGACUCCAUGGAGAUGGAGGUGAUGGAGGCCCGUCUCAUCCGUGCUGCUGAGCUCAACGGCGAGAUGGACGACGAUGACUCAGGUGGUGAGUGGCGUCUGAAGUACGAGCGUGCCGUCCGCGAGAUCGAUUUCACCAAAAAGCGCUUGCAGCAGGAGUUUGAGGACAAGCUGGAGGUGGAACAGCAGAGCAAGAGGCAGCUGGAGAGACGGCUGACUGACUUGCAAGCAGACAGCGAGGAGAGCCAGCGGGCUUUGCAGAUGCUGAAGAAGAAGUGCCAGCGGCUGACGGCUGAGCUGCAGGACACCAAACUGCACCUGGAAGGCCAGCAGGGCCGCAAUCAUGAGCUGGAGAAGAAGCAGCGCAGGUUUGACAGUGAGCUCUCGCAAGCGCGUGAGGAGGCCCAUUGUGAGAAGCUGGCCCGUGAGAACCUGGCCCGUGAGAAGGACAUGCUCAUCGCCGAGGUGUUCAGCCUCAAGCAGCAGCUCGAGGAGAAGGACUCUAGCAUCGCCAGCUUAACCCAGAAAGUGGAGUCCCUGGAGGCCGAGCUGCAGGACCUCUCCUCCCAGGAGUCCAAAGAUGAAGCCUCCCUGGCCAAAAUCCGGAAGCAGCUCCGGGAGCUGGAAGCCAAGGCCAAAGACCAAGAGGAGGAGCUGGAUGAGCAGGCGGGCACCAUCCAGAUGUUGGAGCAGGCCAAACUCCGGUUGGAGAUGGAGAUGGAGAGGCUUCGGCAGACGCACUCCAAGGAGGUGGAGAGCCGUGACGAGGAAGUGGAGGAGAUCAGACAGUCCUGCCAGAAGAAGCUGAAGCAGAUGGAGAUGCAGCUGGAGGAGGAGUACGAGGAGAAGCAGAGGGUGCUGAGAGAGAAAAGAGAUCUGGAAGGGAAGCUGGCAGCCGUCAGUGACCAGGUCAACCAACGGGACUUUGAGACGGAAAAGCGGCUGCGGAAGGAUUUGAAGCGCACCAAGGCCCUCUUGGCCGAUGCUCAGGUCAUGCUGGACCACCUGAAAAACAAUGCGCCCAGCAAGCGGGAGAUUGCGCAGCUGAAGAAUCAGCUGGAGGAGUCGGAGUUCACGUGCGCAGCUGCCGUCAAGGCUCGCAAGUCGAUGGAGGUUGAGAUUGAGGACCUGCAUCUGCAGAUUGACGAUCUUUCCAAGGCCAAGGCAGCGUUGGAGGAACAGCUGAGCCGUCUGCAGAGGGAGAAGAAUGAAGUUCAGAGCCGCCUAGAGGAGGAUCAAGAGGACAUGAAUGAGCUCAUGAAGAAGCACAAGGCAGCUGUCGCUCAGGCCUCCCGGGACCUGGCCCAGAUCAACGAUCUCCAGUCACAGCUGGAAGAAGCCAAUAAGGAGAAGCAGGAGCUCCAGGAGAAGCUGCAAGGGCUCCAGAGCCAGCUGGAAUUCCUCGAGCAGUCCAUGGUAGACAAAUCUUUGGUCAGCAGGCAGGAGGCCAAGAUCCGCGAGCUGGAGACGCGGCUGGAGUUCGAGAGGACGCAAGUGAAGCGCCUUGAGAGCUUGGCCACCCGGCUGAAGGAGAACAUGGAGAAGCUGACGGAGGAGUGUGGCCAGCGCACAGCGGCUGAGAACAGGGGGAAGGAGCAGAACAAGCGCCUUCAGCGCCAGCUGCGGGACACCAAGGAGGAGAUGGCCGAGCUGGCGAAAAAGGAGGCAGAGGCCAGCCGCAAGAAACACGAACUGGAGAUGGAUCUGGAGAGCUUAGAAGCCGCUAACCAGAGCUUGCAGUCAGACCUGAAGCUGGCUUUCAAGCGGAUUGGGGACCUGCAGGCUGCCAUUGAGGAUGAAAUGGAGAGUGACGAUAAUGAAGAUCUUAUCAACAGCCUACAGGACAUGGUGACUAAGUACCAGAAGCGCAGGAAUAAGCUCGAGGGUGACUCAGAUGCUGAUUCGGAGCUUGAAGACCGUGUGGAUGGCGUGAAGUCUUGGCUAUCCAAGAACAAAGGCUCUUCCAAGACGGUCUCUGAAGACGGCAGCCUGAAGGGCAGCAGCCCCCCAGGCUAUCGGAAAUCAUUUACCUACGACAAAUCAGACGAGGAGCGGGACAUCUUUGACAGCACACACAGGUCCAAGUACUCCUCCCGGAGCUGCCUGAGCGACAGUGACUCGGAGAGCAAGCCAGCAGAAACCACAGCGUAGCCCCAGGCAAGGAGCAGGCUGGCAGGUGGUGCACCCUUCAUUUCCCGACCCUCCUGCUCUGCGAUGGGGGUGCCCUUUGCCCAGUGCACUGCCUGGUAGAGUGUCUCUCUCUGCCGCCAGCUGGGGGUGCCACAUGAUCACUGUCCUCUUGUGUGGUAGAGAAAGACAAAGACUUUGCAAGGCCACUUGUCUCUCCCAGGGAAGGGAAGGGUGGGGGGCAGGGAGGCCUGACCAUUGCUCAGUUGCAGUGUCCCCCCCAACCAACCCCAACCAAUUUCAGACUGACCUGUGUGUGCCGGAUGGAUUUUGCGCUCCUGCCAAGCUCUCCUCUGGUGGCCCAGUCUGCAGCUGCAGGACGGUUCCAUUGACUGCAGAGGACACCACCCUCCUCCUCCUCCUCACUUCGUGUGUGUGUCAACAUGUGUGUCUGGGGCGGGGGAGCCUUUAUGCAGUGCCUGCCCAUUUUAUGUCACAAUUUUAAAUCCAUUCUGACCCUUGUGUGGUGUCCCAGGAAGCGAGAGCGUACCCCUUUUCUCUUUUGUUCAAAACAUUUUUUAGAAAGUUGAGCCAAAAAGUACGCAUGCACGCACAUACGUGCAGACACACAGGCGUGCUCCCCCCAUCCCUUCUUUUCCUCCACUGGGGGAAUAAAGAAAAUGGGGGGGAAACCAUUUCACCAGUAGAGUGCCAUGCACUGCACGGUUGUGCUUCAUGCCACAACAUUCUCCCUUCCCACAUUUUCUUGCACUUGGUUUCUGGGGGGAUGAGGGGGGUGGGGCUGCCACCUCCUCCAUCCGAGCGUCCCUGCAGCUCCAUAUCUCCAGGGACGUUUCCAAAGGAACCUGGAAGCAAAAACUAUUCUUCCAGCCCUUUGCCAUAACCACGCACGCACCGCCACCACACGCAUUACACACGGGAUCCAAAAGCUGGGCUGAGUCCCCCCCCCUUCCUUUUUCUCACAGGAGGUCUGGUAACCAAAACACCUGAAUCAUUCACACGCCUUUGCUUGAUUUUUUUUUUUGCAAGCAUUUAGCUGCUGUUGCUGAUGCUUGUUUCUCUGGCAGACUUUCCAGAGGAGUUUCUUCACGCACCUCCUUCCAAAGACACACAUCACACUCGAGGCCAGGAGCACCCCCACCCCCACGAACCAAAAUCAACUCACUUAAAGCCCUUGCUAAGUUAUACACAAGACUGGACUCAUCAAGCUCUGAUGGGGUGGGGAGGAAGGGGGGACUCCCUGCCUUGCCAGGCUCCUCUCUCUGGUCUGGGUUUGGUUUCUGUUUGGGGUUUUGCACUACUACAGUUGUGCGUUUGAUUUUUUAAUUAUUAUUAUGUUUUGCCCCUUCCCGUGUCUGUCGACUUUAAAUAAGAAAAUAAAUAUCAUUUACGGCUGGUGAA